GGGGCCGCCCGCCUCCCUCUGUCCCCCUUCUCAGCCCCGAGUGACCCCCUUUCCUUCCUUCCCUCCAGACUCACCGCCCAGUGGAGCCUCGAGGACGAGGAGGAGGCUGCGAGGGAGCGGCGCAGGAGGGAGCGGGACAGGCAGCUCCGGGCCCAGAGCGAGGACGGGCUCGGCGGGACGAGCCCCCGCCCCGAGAUGGGGCCCGAGCCGGAGCAGGAGAAGCUCCUUACCCUGAGGCCCCCGGAGCUGGAGGAGGACGAGGGCUUCAGCGACUGGUCCCAGAAGCUGGAGCAGAGGAAGCAGAGAUGGGGCCCCGAGGGGACCCUGGAUGGCGGGGAGACCCCCCAGGAAGAAAGUCCGGACUGUGAGGACCGCACUGAGGGGUCGUCCCAUCGCUCCGAGGAGGAGGAGGAAGAGGAGGAGGAAGACCCUGCCUUGAGCCAGACCGCAGGCAGCCUGAGCCAGCUCUGCGUGGGGGCCGCGCCUGGUCCUGAGGAGGAAGAGGACGAUGGGGCAUCGUUGAGGACCACCGACGUGGAGCAUGUGGAGAAGCGGCCCGAGGCCUCCGGCCCUCCGGCCAGGGACGAAGAGGACCAGCCCCCCCUCAGUCCCACCCCCAAGCUCGUGGACAGGACCGAGUCCCUGAACCGCUCCAUCAAGAAGAGUAACAGCGUGAAGAAGUCCCAGCCCGCCCUGCCCGUGGCCAAGAUCGACGACCGGCUGGAGCAGUACACACAGGCCAUCGGGGUAACGGCCGGCUCGGGCCCCCGGGGUGCCCCUGGAGGCUUCUGGGGGUCUCCACAGCCCGCCCGACAGGGCUCAGACCCGGCCAGCUUCAGUUAUUACUGGGAGCCCCUGAGCUGCUGGGAGCUUGAACACUGGCAUCCCCUGGGGGGCCCCAAGAGGCACCCCCAGAGCCUCACUCUGCUCCUUGAAUGCUACAUGCUGAGCCGCCACUGCGGAGACCUCCCUGCCUUUGCCCAGGGCCCCGCUGCUGCUCCGGGAGGGAUCGGGGAGGCGCGGGCCGACUGGCCUUCUGCGGCCUCCUCAGGACUCCUCUCAGGGCUAAGGGCCGGUCAGGAUGCCAACCGCGUGCCAGCCCUGGGCUGCCCGGCUCGGCUGCCAUCUCUUCAGAGCUGGCAUGAAAGUGCUCUGGGCAUCCGGCCUGGCAUUAUCAGUCCAUCCUCGCCACUGCCUGGGGCCACGCUGGGUUCACCCUUAGAGAGGGAGUCCAGCCCUGUGCCCUCUGGAGCCUGUGCCCUCUGGAGCCUGUGCCCUCUGGAGCCUGUGCCCUCUGGAGCCUGUGCCAGGCAGGCCUAG